AGGCAUAACCCUCCAGGCAGAAAGCAAAAAGGAAUAUGAGGAGUGGAUAAGUGCAAUCAACAACAUUUCACGACAGAUCUACCUGACCGACAACCCAGAAGCAGUUGCCAUUAGGUUAAAUCAGACAGCACUGCAAGCUGUGACUCCAAUCACGAGCUUUGAAACAAAGCAGGCUGGUCACCCCUCCAGCCAGGAUGGGAGGUGCAUGGAUAUUCUGAAUGACCAGACAGUUCCAGAGGAGUCUGCUGAAGCUCUCAUCCCCAUGGAGUUAAUUGCACCUGGAACUCCCAUUCAGUUUGACAUUGUGCUUCCUGCAACGGAGUUCCUAGAUCAGCACAGGGGCGGAAGACGUACCAAUCCUUUUGGAGAAUCUGAAGAUGGCGAGAAAGAGGAUGAAACAGAUUCACUCCUGCAGCACAUGUUUGUAGUUCGGUUUUUAGGCUCUAUGGCUGUCAGAUCUGACCACACAGUGGAGGUGAUCUAUGAAGCAAUGCGGCAGGUGUUGGCAGCUCGGGCGAUUCAUAAUAUUUUCCGUACAACUGAAUCUCACCUCUUGGUCACCAGCAAUGACCUGAAAUUGAUAGAUCCUCAAACCCAGGUUACAAGAUCAAAUUUUGAACUAGCCAAUGUGACACAGUUUGCUGCUCACAAGGAAAACAAGAGGCUGUUUGGGUUUGUGGUUUGUGUCUCUGAAUUGUCAGGUGAAGACGGCAUGAGUGCUUAUGUGUUUGAGAGUAACACUGAAGGUGAAAAGAUUUGCUAUGCAAUAAAUCUGGGGAAGGAAAUCAUUGAGGCUCGAAAGGAUCCAAAAGCCCUAGCUCAAUUAAUAUCAUCCAUGCCUCUUACUAACGAUGGAAAAUUCAAGUUACUGAAUGAGCAAUCAGAAGAAGACAACGCUGUACAUGGAGAAGAACAGGAAUCGGAAGCAUAACUUAUAAUUUCUCUCAGAUGGAGAUGAUGGUGCCCAUAAGAGAGUGUGCCCUGUGCUCUCAGCUGUGGUCCAACAUAGGUGGGCUAGAGGAAACAUAAGAGAUAAGAACUUGAUCCAAAUAUUUGGUAUAGAAACUGACAGACUUUUAAAAAUUCUUCCUUAGUACCAAGCCAUCUUGAAUACUGAUGGGAGGACCACAAAGUCAUCACUACCACCAGCAAAGAGUUAAUUCCUCAUGAGCAUGCAUUCAUAAAAUUUAUAAAUAAAUACACACCUGUUUCACAUAAUUCUACUAGCAAUAGUAGAGCGGAAGAAAUUUCACAUGCCACAAAGUUUCUGAAAGUCUGAAUUAAAAUACAGAGGCACUUCACAGAAAAAAAUAAUAUUUUGCAUCUUAAGCAAAAUAGAUAGGAGAAUUUAAAUGUUUGGAAUAUAGUUUAGAUAGCAGAAUUGAAGUGUUGGAUUAUAAUCUCAGUGAUAAAUACUUUAUUUGCUCCUAUUUGCAUACCUUUUAAAAAGUAAUGGGAAAGCUAUUUUAAACUCGGCUAUUUAGAAAGCUAUUCAAUAACAGUUUCUACUAAUAUUUAUUUUUGUACUUUUAUCUGAGUUAAGCUUUCAAAAUUAAGUGCCUAAUUUGUGAUAAAACAAAUAACUCGAGCGAAUAGAAAAUAGAAGGACCAGAAAACAAGUUAGACCUAUUAUGAAUCUCAGUUAUUUACCUAGGCUGAAGGAAAGAUGAGCCAGUGGUUGUCACUGCUAUUCAAAUAAGCCUGUUAAAGGCUAACCUUUUUGCACUGUUCUGUAAGACGAGAUAAUGGCUUUCCUACUUUUACAUGAAAGUUUACAAAAUUGAUAGAAGAGGGACUCCAUUCCUCAGACAAAACAAUUUUUUCAAACCUAGAUAUAAGCAGCACCAAAAGCAUUUUCACACUGCCCUGGGAAAAGCAGUUUCUUCAGAAAGAAGAUCAAGCUAGCCAGUGCUUAUACCAUCUUCUUUAUUUGACAUUCUACCUUGUGCGGCCAGCACAAAUUUGGAAAAAUAUCUGUUUUGUCAGCUUUAGGGUUACUCUUUUAAAUUAUAAACACAUUGUAAGUAAAUUACAAUGAUAGCUGAAUCUCAUGAAGAAUUUUAUCUGUCUUUGUUUAUAUGAUGUUUCAAUAUUAAAAACAAGGUCCACAUCUUGCACUUCAAGAGUUUCAGCAAUAAAGUAAGAGCCUGAAAAAUAGGUGAGAAUUUAUGUGAAUUACAGUACGGGACAUGUUAUGAUUUAGUCACAUCUUAAGAUUUUUAAACCAGAAGGCUAGAAAAAUACCAAUAGAUUUUCUGAAAGAAUAUUGUACCGAAGUUUUCUGUAUUAAUGAUAUUCAAAUUGUUCUACUUAGUACAAUAGAUAUAAGCAGAUCAAAUCAUUUAAGUGCAAUAAGCUUAUAAUGGCUGAAUCUGCUCCCAGGUUAAUAUUACCAUCCAAUCUAGUUGAUAUAAACUAUAUGCAGUGAAACAGAAACGGAUAAUUUGACUGCUUUAGAGUAGGCCUGUCAAAACUGGCGGCCCCCAGGUUGGAUAUGGCCCACGCAGGCCACACUCAUGCCGGCUCUGCAAAGCAAAAAACAUUGUGAUACUUCACAAUAUGCCCAAGUUUGAUACCCCUGUCCUAGAGGUUGAAGCAGAAGGUAUUGUUGAGAUUCCACACAAAGGUAUCUUACUGGUGAUCCAUCCAUAAAUGAAGAACUAUUAGAACUGACUGACAAUGAUUACAUUUAAGCAAGUAUACGUCACUGUUUUUGUUAUCCAUUAGGAAGAACGUGGGGCACAUUUCUAAAGGAAAUUUAUUUCAACACAUUACCACAGAAUAAAUUCUAUUUCAGUUUGCCCCAUGUAGUUGAUUAAAUCAAUCCUAGCGUUCUCGCUUAGCUGUAGAUUGAAGUAUCUACAUUGGCAAACCAUGAAAGAUACAGCAUUCAAGGAAGUCAAAACAUUCCAGGCUUGUGACCACUAUAUACAAAUCCAUUUUUUUUCCAAAGUUGCAUUUAUUAACAUUAUGUACAGAAUAUCUAACAGAAUAAAGUAUUGAGGUAACAGG